AUGCGCUGCCUAACCCUAGCGAUUAUUGUCCUGCAACUCGCACUCCAGCAUGCAUCGGCGACAGUAGGCGUCCUUGACAUUGACGACCUGCUACAACCAGAUCUCCAACAGUAUCUAUUCGCUCCAAACGAAGAUCAUCCGUAUGCUCCAUGGUCUCACAAACCGUACUGCAUGACUAGCAGCUAUCUCCCCACCCUCGGCCAAAAGUACUGCGUCUACACAUCAAACACAACAGGCCCACACGGCCUCUCUCUAAUCUUCCCUCCAAAAUCCGCCCACCUAGCAUCGGAAUAUCUCGACGACAACCCGCUCGAUAAUUUCCUCACACGAAAGGAUGCUGAGCGCCUCUACUUCGGCGGUCAGCCAUGGAAAAUCGUCGAUAUACCCGGAAAAGCGAAAGGCGUAACGGCCACUCGAAAGAUCAAGAUGUACGAGACCUUUAUGGUUGAUCAAGCCGCUAUCGUUGUAGAUAUGGGGGCAGAGAAGGCUCUGAGUGAGGCUGAUAAUAAGAAGCUGAUGAAGAGGGCUGUGGAUCAACUGCUCGUGCCGGCGAUGAUUAGGGACAUGAGUUCUGCGCAUGCAGGGAAGAACUAUGAUACUGAAGAUAAUAGGGAUGAAGAAGAGGAAGGGAGCUUAGAGGAAGCUAUCAUGAAGACGAACGCGUAUGGCAGUACGGUUGCGGAGGUUAGCUCAAGGGCGUUGUAUCCACUGAUCUCGCGCAUCAAUCAUGCAUGCAACCCGAACUCCUUUGUCCUCUUCUCCCGCGCAGGUGUCUCAAUGGCUAUAAAAGCCUAUCGCGACAUUGAGGCCGGCGAAGAGAUCACUGUCUCUUACCUCCUCUUGGGCAUCCCAUUCCAGAAACGCCAGUCUCUGAUAAAACGCUGGGGUUUCAAAUGCACAUGCAGCCUCUGCAGCCUACCAGCCGACGAGCGCCAAGCCUCCGAUCUUCGCCGCACAAUGAUCGCGCAGGCUGAGGAGAAGAUUAUGGAGCUAGCGAAGGCCUACAAACUUGACGAAGCCAUAGCUCUCGCGGAAGAGUCCGUUGAAUUGAUCAAAGACGAAGGAGUCUGGUCGAUGUUGACCGAUGAGUAUGCCAUGUUGGCUAUGCUGUGGUUGGAGAAGGGCGAUAAGGAGAAAGCAGAAGCGUAUGGCGAGAAGGCGCAUAGACUGUUGUCCGAUUUGGGGUUUUUGGGUAUUGGAGAAGACAGGGAGGCGUGGAAAUUAGACACCCUCUUGAAGAAUAUCGGAGGUUUGGGAGGGAUGGGUCAGCUUUGGAAGACGGGCCCUUUGAGAGGGUAA